CAUAUCAUUUACUAGUACAGAUUGAGUAACAUUACCGCGAAAAGUUGCAAAGGAACAUGCAAAGGAUAAUCGCAAUUGUGGCCAUUGUGGCAGCAGGACUAUCUCUUGUGGCAGCACAGACUUGUCAGGAGUGCCAGACAGACAACGAUGUGUACUGCCACAAUCAGACCGCAUAUCAAAAUUGCAUGAAUGGUGCAACAAUCGGAGAUAUUGUGUUGUGUCCCACGGGCACAGUUUGCUCCAAUUCCGACGACGUCUGUGUGGACAGCUCCGAGGUGAGCACAACCGUAUUAGACGUUUGUGGAACCUCUGCCGGAAACGGUGCCCAGUGCGAAGUGUGUUCCAGCAAAUACGCCUGUGUCAGCAGUACCCAGUAUGUCCGAUGCUCCUCCAGCGGAUCUCUCAUAACCUCCAAUGUGUACAGCUGCGGUACCGAUGAAAGUUGUAUCAUCGAGUCUCUUUCUGUUUUUGGUUCGCUCUGUGUGCCUUCUUGUGCCGCCGAAUUCGCUGGCUAUAACGCAUCAUGUAGCAACAGCGUGUACCAGCCCGCAACUACGACAGCUGCUCCGACAACGACGCCGAGUGCUACCCAGAAAGAGGAGUACUGCACUGCUGGCCAGCCUAGUACCAGUAAAGGGUACUUCUUCACCAGAAACACCGACGAUUCCACGUGCAAGACUUACUUGUACUGCCAGAAAUCGGGAACCGACUGGAUAGCCAUUUACAUGACUUGUGGUGCCUCAACACCCUACUUCGACUCGACCACUAGCAUCUGUGUGGCGACCAAGCCUACCAGCUGCUCGGUAACAACCACCACGAGUUCCUCGACCACUACAACCCCGUCUUCCACUAGUAGUGAUUCAACGGAGGCUUCUACGAAUUCUUCAACGACUGAUUCUUCAACGGUUUCUUCCUCGGAUGCUUCUUCCACAACUUCUUCGACGACUGAUUCUUCAACGGAUUCUUCCACAACGGCUUCAACUUCCACUGAGGUUCCCUCUGAUUCUUCUUCGACUGAUUCUUCAGCAACGGCUUCAACUUCUUCAUCAACUGAAGCAUCUAAUUCUUCUUCAACUGAUUCUUCAACUGAUUCUUCAACUGAUUCUUCAACGGAUUCUUCAACUGAUUCUUCAACGAUUUCUUCUUCCUCGGAGACUUCUUCAAGUGAUGAUUCUUCCACUGAAACUUCAACUGUUUCUUCGUAGUCAGACGACAGCUACUCUCCCACCAGUUAU